AUGCGCUUACUGUCAAACAAACACAAAACUCUCGAUAAACAUGGCAACAUUAUGCAGUACCUGCCGAGCCUGGGUAAUGCAUGGGAGGACAGCAAGUUUGGAAAUUGGAAACGUGACCGCUGGCCAACGAUAUCGUCCACCGUGUGGCUGUCGUCGUCGUCGUCCCAUUUAUCACCUAUAACAUCGCCCUCGAAACUGAAACUGAAACCGAAACCGAAACUGGUUGCCACCAUGCUGCGACGCGAUGUCCCAGUUGGAACGAGCCCCGGCACAAUGACCAUGAACAUCGCUUUCGUGGUCGUCGCUGUGGCCUCUGCCGUUUUCGUCGCCGCACCGCAAGUGACUGACCAUUCAAACGGAUACGGUCGAUCGGCGGCCGAUAAACGUGAAGGUUUUGGCGUCCACUACUGCAUACAUUGCGCCAGUCCUCGUACCGUACUGAAGCACAAGACAUUAUUGGAUGCGAUGGAUCAGCUAUUGUACUUGAGGCAAACUGAAUAUCCAAACUCGGUAGUUAACGUCGAUUGCGAUCGCCUGACCAAUGGUUCCAUUCAGCGUCAGUAUCAGCAAUGCAAGUAUCCUUACUGCUACUCGAUCACUUUCGAUGAUCACGUGGGCUCGCCGUUGACCAUACGGGGCUGCGCUGAGUCCUUCGUACCUCCGAAGCCGUUGGAAAAGAAGGACAGUAAUUACUGUCGUCGCGUUCACGGUACUCUGGGCAUCGCCGAAUGCGUGUGCAAGCAAACAACUUACUGCCAGCCUUCGAGCAGCUCUCGGUCAAUCGGAACGUUUCAACGAUUUCGGUUGCAGCUGGUCGUCUGUUUAGCCGCGUUGUGUCUUAUGGCCCGCUGA